AUGGCUCUUCCACUUGGUACCUCCGUCGCCGAGGUGCAAGAGAAGGGCGACUUUAUGAUCAAGCCCGAAAACUCAGGUCCCAAGCUCAACACCUCCGAGUGGCCUUUGCUGCUCAAGAACUACGACCAGCUCCUCGUCCGCAGCUCGCACUUCACGCCCAUCCCUCACGGAUGCUCGCCGCUGAAGCGCGAUCUUCAAAGCUACAUCAAGUCUGGUGUUAUCAACCUCGACAAACCUUCCAACCCCUCGUCGCACGAAGUUGUUUCGUGGCUUCGUCGCAUUCUCCGCGUCGAGAAGACCGGCCACAGUGGUACCCUUGAUCCCAAGGUUACAGGCUGUCUGAUCGUAUGCAUUGACCGUGCGACACGUCUGGUCAAGUCGCAGCAGGGUGCUGGUAAGGAGUACGUUGCCGUGCUUCGCCUCCACGACAAGCUCGAAGAUGCCAAGAAGCUCCCUCGUGCCAUCGAGACCUUGACCGGCUCCCUGUUCCAGCGUCCUCCUCUGAUCUCGGCCGUCAAGCGUCAGCUCCGUAUCCGAACUAUCUACGAAUCCAAGCUGAUCGAGUUCGACAACGACCGUCACCUCGCUGUUUUCUGGGUCAGUUGUGAAGCCGGUACUUACAUCCGAACGCUCUGCGUCCACCUCGGCCUGUUGCUCGGCGUUGGCGGCCACAUGCAAGAGCUUCGCCGUGUCCGUUCCGGUGCACUUUCUGAGAAUGACUCGAUCGUCACCAUGCACGAUGUGCUCGAUGCUCAGUGGCUCUACGACAACCAGCGAGACGAGACGUACCUGCGCCGUGUCAUCCGUCCCCUCGAGUCGCUGCUCACCGGCUACAAGCGUAUCGUUGUCAAGGACUCGGCUGUCAAUGCCGUCUGCUACGGUGCCAAGCUCAUGAUCCCAGGUUUGCUUCGAUACGAGAAGGACAUUGAGGUGCACGAGGAGGUUGUGCUCAUGACCACCAAGGGUGAGGCCAUUGCGCUCGCCAUUGCACAGAUGUCGACUGUUGACCUCUCCACAUGUGACCACGGUGUGGUUGCCAAGGUCAAGCGCUGCAUCAUGGAGCGCGACACCUACCCUCGCCGAUGGGGUCUCGGCCCCAAGGCCCAGGAGAAGAAGGCCAUGAUCAAGACCGGUAAGCUCGACAAGCACGGAAAGGCCAUCAACGGUGUCACCCCUGACAAGUGGAAGAAGGAUUACGUCGACUAUUCGGAUGCCUCUGCUGCCCCUGCUGCGACCGCCUCGGAUCUCGAGCAGGUUGCUGCUGCUACCGCGGUCGAACCCGUCACCCCGAAGAAAGACGACAGCGACAGCAAGAAGCGCAAGCUCGAAGAGACACCGGGCGGAGCAACAGACGGUGAGACUGAGGAGGAGCGAAAGAAGCGCAAGAAGGAGAAGAAGGAGAAGAAAGCCGCCGAGGCUGCAGCAGCAGGCAUCGAGACGCCCAAGUCCGAUAAGAAGAAAAAGGAAAAGAAGGAAAAGAAGGACAAGUGA